GGCUCCAACCAGCAAAGCUGAAAUUCAUCCCAGCUUGAUGUAGAAUCCAUAGUUUCAUUUAGGACAGAACGAUGUGAUAACAGAACAGAUGCAAAAAAAACAAAGGGUCAAAUUUCAUAUACCUACCUUGUAAUUUAUAAAUGCAGAACACCAUAAAAAUGUUUGUGCAAAAGGAACCUUACAAGCCCUUGUUCCCAGGACCGAUUCAUUCAAUCUUUCACAAUCCAGAUAGAUGUGUUCUCUUCCAAAGCCAAUCCGAUGUAACCCUGAGUUCUGAAUAUUCAUAGACUAGAGAGCUUUCUGCUCCCUCCCCUCCUUGCACAAAAAGGAUUGACUCAGGUAACGAAGACAGUCAAUGCAGCAAGGCACUUUUAUGGGACAUAGCUGUGGUGUUGGGAACUGUCCUUUUAGGAUACAAAAGGACUCCUCUGUACGGAGCGCACAGUCAUCCUGUACAGUUUCCACGCAGAGCAAAUGACAUAACAGUCCAUCCAUGAACAAGCAAUAGAGCCUCAUAUUUACACAGAUAAACAUAUGGGCUUUUUCACCUUCCCUUGUUGACAGCUAGUUGUCUAGGAUACAGACCACCUCUGUGCUCUCCAUCUUAUAUGUGUAUUCUUACAGUGAGAGCAGAACCAUUGAUCAUGUGACCAAAGUCCUCAACAGUGAAAGUAAGCUCAGCUCUUUUGUCACAAUGGCAGGCCAGCAACCUGGGGAUGCAAAGCCUGUUUUAGAUGUGGACAAAGUGAAUUUCAUACACACACCAUGCUGCAAAUGGACAUUGGCCUCAAUACUUCUAGGAGGCACGGCCAUCAGUGUCACUGCAGGACUAUUAAUAAUGUAUUUAACAACAACACAGAGCCUCACUGUGGUACAUACUUUGGAAUUACAAGGUCUUCAGUACAACCCCAGUUUACAAAAUAGCUCCUCUUUGUACUACAAAUCUGUAACCACUACAUUACAAAAAAUGUUAAAAUCCAGUUUCAAGGAUACUGUUUUAGAAGAUAGUUAUACAGGAUUGAAUGUUUUACAUUAUAGCAGUGGGAAUACAAGCAUCAUUGCCCAUCUUAAGAUGCAGUUUAUGUCAUCAGCCUAUACUGAUGAUCAAGAGCAGAUUGAAGACAUUCUCAGAAAAGGCCUUACAUCCUCACUGAGGGAUAAGCCCAUUCCAGUUUACACAUUUGGAAAUAUCUCAUCUGCUGUGCUUGCUGAUCAUAAGGGGCUAUCCUUCUACUCUAUAGGUCUAAAGUCAGGAAGUUGCCCACCUCAAGUGUUUUCCUGCAAAAACAGCCAAUGCAUUGUAAAACAAAACCCAGAAUGUGACAGUGUUCGCGACUGUAAAGAUGGAUCAGAUGAGAAAAACUGCAAUUGUGGUACUCGACCUGCAAUUCAAAAAGCCAACAGAAUAGUUGGUGGUUCAGAUGCUUCAAAAGGAGAGUUUCCAUGGCAGGUCAGUCUCAGAGAGAACAAUGAACACUUCUGUGGUGCCACCAUAAUAAGUGCUAAGUGGCUGGUGUCAGCAGCUCACUGCUUUAAUGAUUUUCAGGAUCCAGCUGUAUGGCUGGCUUAUAUAGGAUCUACAUCUCUAAGUGGCUCAGACAGCAGCACAGUGAAAGCCUCCAUCAAAAGUAUUGUAAAGCAUCCAUCUUAUGACCCGGACACUGCAGAUUAUGAUGUGGCUGUACUGGAGCUGGAGUCGGAAAUACGCUUCAACAAAUACACCCAACCGAUCUGCCUUCCAGCUUCCACUCAUGUCUUCCCUAUGGGCAAGAAGUGCAUUAUUACUGGAUGGGGCUACCUCAAGGAGGACAACUUGGUAAAACCUGAAGUGUUGCAAAAAGCUACAGUGGCCCUCAUGGAUCAAACACUCUGCAAUAGUUUAUACAGCAAUGUGGUCACAGACAGGAUGGUUUGUGCAGGUUACCUGGAGGGCAAGAUUGACUCAUGCCAGGGUGACUCAGGGGGUCCUCUGAUUUGUGAGGAGGCAGCAGGUAGAUUCUUUUUGGCAGGUAUUGUCAGCUGGGGAGUGGGUUGUGCUGAAGCCAGAAGACCUGGGGUCUAUGUGAGAGUAAGCAAGGUUCGGAACUGGAUCCAGGAUGUCAUUUCAGCACCUGCUCCAAUGGAACAACAUACAAGUUUGAUUACUACCACCAGUAAUAUAAAGAAAACAACCAACACGAAAGUUACAACUGCACGACCACUGACUAAACAUUCCACAACUAAAGCUAAACCAGGCAGCAGUACCAUGCCAGCUAAACCAACCCAGAAACCUCUUAGUACAUCUAAACCUCAAGAAUGUGGCAGCCGCCCUGGCCUGACAAAGCCCAACAAAAUAGUAGGAGGUUUUGAUGCUGUCAGAGGGGAAGUACCAUGGCAAGCAAGCCUAAAGGAAGGACCACAUCACUUUUGUGGGGCAACAAUUAUUGGGGAUCGAUGGCUGGUGUCUGCUGCUCAUUGCUUCAACCAAACAAAGUUGGACCAAAUUACUGCUCACAUGGGUUCCACGGCUCUAAGUGGAGCUGACACAAUGGCUGUUAAGGUCAGCUUGAAGAGAGUUAUUCAGCACCCUCAUUUCAAUCCUCUAACCCUGGACUUUGAUGUAGCUGUGGUAGAACUGUCACAUGCUUUGACUUUUAACAAGUAUGUGCAGCCUGUCUGUCUCCCAUCUGCCCUGCAGAAGUUUCCAGCUGGUUGGAAGUGCAUGAUAUCAGGAUGGGGCAACAUCAAAGAAGGCAAUGUGUCUAAGCCAGAGGUUCUACAAAAGGCUUCUGUGGGUAUCAUUGAUCAGAAAAUUUGCAGUGUCCUUUAUAACUUCUCAAUAACAGAGCGGAUGAUCUGCGCAGGAUUUCUAGAUGGAAAGGUGGACUCUUGUCAGGGAGAUUCUGGGGGACCCCUGGCAUGUGAAGAGAGCCCAGGUGUUUUCUUCCUGGCUGGAAUUGUAAGUUGGGGUAUUGGAUGUGCUCAGGCCAAAAAACCAGGGGUUUAUAGUAGAGUAACAAAACUUAAAGACUGGAUUCUAGAUACAGUGGCUCCUGUAUUAAGGACUACCGAUAGUGGUAUGAACCUGCCCAAGUCAACUGUGCUGCCUACAACUCCUGUGACUACUACAAGACCAUCUACUGUGCGCCCGCCAACAUCCACUGGGAGAAGGACAACUACAGUAUCUAGGACUACAUCUCAAAUCAAACCUACUAAAAGCACUCCAAAGUCAACUACAGCUAAAGCCACAAGCAAGAGGACAACUACUGUCAAGACAAGCACAACAGUAGCAAGGAUCACUGAGCCACCCAGACCCACACAGAGACCAGUUCCAUGUACUGCUUCCACCUACAAAUGCUCUAACAGACUCUGCAUCAGCAAAACAAACCCAGAGUGUGAUGGGAUUCCAGACUGCAAUAAUGGCUCAGAUGAACAAAACUGUGAUUGUGGAUCUGCCCCUGUGCUACCUUUUAACAAGAUAGUUGGAGGCAGUGGUUCCUUGCGAGGAGAAUGGCCAUGGCAAGUCAGUCUGUGGCUGAGAAGAAAGGAGCACAAAUGUGGAGCUGUUCUGAUCUCAGAUCGUUGGCUGCUGUCGGCUGCCCACUGCUUUGACAUUUACAGUGACCCCAAGGUAUGGGCAGCAUACCUAGGAACCCCUUUCCUCAAUGGUGUAGAGGGAAGAGUAGAGAAGAUUUUCAGAAUCCACAAACAUCCCUUCUACAACGUCUACACUCUGGAUAAUGAUGUAGCUCUGCUGGAGCUGCCUUCACCUCUCACCCUCACAAAUCUAAUAAAGCCUAUCUGCCUGCCAGACACCAGUCAUAGCUUUGUAGAGGGGACAAAAUGCUUCAUUACUGGCUGGGGCUCCACUAAGGAAGGAGGCCCAAUGUCAAGACAGCUACAGAAGGCCUCAGUCACUAUUGUAGGGGAUCAAACCUGUAAAAAAUUCUAUCCCAUUCAAAUUAGCCCCAGAAUGCUCUGUGCUGGUUUUAUGCAAGGCGGUGUUGACAGUUGCUCUGGUGAUGCUGGAGGACCUCUAGCAUGUAGAGAGCCAUCUGGUAGAUGGUUUCUAGCUGGAAUAACAAGCUGGGGUUAUGGCUGUGCAAGACCAUACUUUCCCGGGGUUUACACCAGGAUAACCUCUGUCCGUAACUGGAUUGGGCAGACUUUACGAUUUUGAGGGUUACCACUCAGGGAGGAGCAGACCAAAAGGACCAAUGGAUACAUAUAAAGAGCAGGGCUUAACCGCGGCCUAAAAGCUUGGACAAAGGACAAUCUACUGCCCUGAUCACUCAUACAUUUGAAAUGGAAAAUGUAGACUAUAUAUUCUAUGAAUAAAUGUGACCUGUUAUUAUGACAACAAAAUACCAAGGAAUUGUACGAAAGCAAGAUUCUGAGCCUAUACUUUUUAUUUUUUAAACACUAUUCAAAUACAUCGGAGAGUCAAGCAAUAUUUAUUUGGUAAAAGGGUCAGUCUUCAGUAGAAAUGCUGUAAAGGAUUAUAGUGAUAACAGUACCAAAGGAUAUUCCUAAACAGCAAAUAUUUACAAAGUUGCACUUAAACAAAAAAUAGUGCAACAUUAAAAGUUGACAUAUAGCCAAAGUUCAUGGUGUAAUAAAAUAUAACCAAAAGGGACCAUGACAGCAUCUGUUUUUAUAUAAAGAAGACUUCUAUAUAUUACAUAGAGUAAUGGUUCCUAACAAGGAAAUGGCAAGCAAUGCCCUAGUCGACAUACAUUAGAGGAAGCCAUUUUGUUCUUUGAACAUGUAUGCAUGAAAUACGGCCUAGUAACUAAGUUAAAGGUGUGCACAAAAUGUCUGCUUCUACCAUAUGUAU